AUGCCAGCGCACACCUCCGAAUCGCCAGCGAAAAAGCAAAGCAAGUGGUCGCCCGAGGAAGAUGCCCUGAUCAUCGAGCUCCGGGGCAGCGGCAUGAAAUGGGACGACAUCUCGAAACGCCUCCCGGGCCGGAGCUCCAUAAGCUGCCGUCUACACUACCAGAAUUAUCUCGAAAGACGCAGCGAGUGGGACGAAGAGCGCAAGAACAAACUCGCAAGGCUUUACGAAAGAUUCAAACCCGAGAUGUGGGCCAGAGUGGCCGAAGAGAUGCAAGUCCCCUGGCGGGCCGCCGAGGCGAUGCACUGGCAGCUAGGUGAGAUCGACAUGGCGCGGCGUGCGGGAGUGGUUCCGUUCUCGCUGAACAUAACAUCGAACGAACCCCAAGGCCCGCAACGCAUUUCUCCGACGCGCGGCCACGCGCACUCGCAGUCCCAGGGCAGCCUCCCCCGCGACUUUGCCGCCAGCCUCCCCUCGCCGCGAUACACCCUGGGCCCUCCACCACCACCGCCGCACAUUAUCCCACCUUUAAUGCCCCCUCCAACGCCAACCACUGGCCGGGCCCUCCCCUCCCGCCGCGAAAGCCUGCCCCCACGCCCGCCCUUCGGCCCGCCGCUCGUCGACCAGCUCCAACUCCAACAACAACAACAACACCAGCCAGACUACGACUACAGCUAUGGCCUCGCACCGAUCCAGCCCACGCCGCCUUCUUCAUCCGUGAUCCAGGGGGCUGGAUCAGCAGGCGGAGUCGCCGCCCGCGGAGGUAGCAGCCUGCUCCCCAGCGUGGCGGAGCUGACCACAGGCGUCAGCCCGUACACCACCCCGGCUACGAGCGCAAGCGGAAGUGCCUGUGGCUCCGGCUCCGGGUCGGGAUCCGGGGCCCUGCUCCCUGCGCUCUCCUCGGCCUACCCGCCGCUGCGCGAACCGGCCGGCGGCGCAGCAGGAAAGCGGCGUGCGAGUCCGCCCGAUGUCGCGAGUGGCGGGCCACGUGAGACGAAUCGGCGGAGGCACUUGUAUCCGCGAAGCAGUGAUGGCGGCAGUGCUGCUGAGGAUACUGGUUCUGAGGGUGGUGGUGCUGGAGGAGUGUAUCCGCCUCCGCCUCCUGCUGCCUCGACACCGCCGUUCGGGGUGAGGGUAGGGGUUGGGAUGGGUGUGUCGUCGUCUGCUGCCAGGAGGGGGACGAGGCAUGGGCCGUGA